AUGUCUUACUUGAAGAUUCUGUUACUUGGAGAUAAAUCACAAAAAAUGACUGCUACUACUAAAGAUCAAACUGAACACCAAAUUACCACAGAACCAUUUGACGAAGAGGUGGAUAGAUUUGCUGCUGUAUUCAAAGGUCUUGAACAAAUCAAUUUGGAUUCUGAUAAAGGUGAAAUCAAUCCAAUAUCUAAAACAAUUUUAGAGUCUUGGGAAAGUGAUUUUCAGGCUCUGACAAAAAACAUCUUGACUCAAAAUGCUUUGGCUAAUACUGCUGUUGAUAAGGUUAUUGCUAAUUCUGAUUCAAAGACAAGAUUGAAAGAUAGGUACUUGUUUAAUGUCACUGUCGAUACAAUUGGAUCUCCUUCUUUUGCCAAUAACCAAAAAUCAUCAGGUAGAUGUUGGAUUUUUGCUUCAUCAAAUGUAUUUAGAGCUCAUGUCAUUAAGAACUAUGAUUUGAAAAAUGAUGAGUUUCAACUUUCACAAAGUUACUUGUACUUUUAUGACAAGUUGGAAAAAGCAAAUUUCUUUUUGGAGAAUAUUGAAGAUACUUUUGAUGAAGAAUUGGACUCCAGAUUGAUCCAAUUCUUGUUACGCGAUCCAGUUGGAGAUGGUGGACAAUGGGAUAUGAUUGUGAAUUUGGUGAACAAAUACGGUUUAGUUCCUCAUGAGGUAUUUCCUGACAACAGUCAAUCCACCAGCUCUUCAAAAUUGAAUUAUAUUGUUACUGAAAAGCUUAGAGAAUUUGCUUUGAAAAUCAGAGAAUUAAAAUCAUCAAAAGCUUCUGAUAAUGUACUUCGCCAGUUUAAAUUGAGGGCUAUGAAGACAAUUUACAAGACAUUGUCCUUGACUAUUGGAUCACCACCAAAGCCAACUGAUGAUUUUGUAUGGGAAUUCUUGGACAAGGAUGGAAAAUACAAACAUUUUAAAACAAAUGCAUUGGAUUUCUACAAAACACAUGUCAAGUAUGAUGCUGAAGCUCAUUUCUCAUUGAUUCAUGACCCAAGAAACGACUAUGAUAAAUUGUACACCGUUGAUAGGUUGAAUAAUAUUUAUGGUGGUAAACCAAUUGAAUAUGUUAAUACUGAAAUUGACGAAAUUAAGAAUGUUGCUAUUAAGAUGUUGAAAGACAAUGAACCAAUUUUCUUUGGUUGUGAUGUUGGGAAAUUUGGUGAUAGAACUACUGGUGUUUUGGAUAAUACUGGUUAUGAUUACACCACAGCUUUUGAUUUUGAUUUGGAAUUAUCUAAGGCUAAUAGAUUGAAAACAGGUAGUUCUUUGAUGACGCACGCCAUGGUGAUCACUGCUGUUCAUAUUGAUCCAUCUACUGAUAAGCCUGUGAGAUGGAAGAUUGAAAAUUCUUGGGGAGAUGAAACUGGUAAGAAAGGUUGGUAUAUGAUGACGGAUGAAUGGUUUAGUGAAUUUGUUUAUCAAAUUGUCACCACAAAGAAAUAUGUCAGUAAAAAGACAUAUGAUAUUUGGAAGAACAAAGAGUUCAACACUUUGCCAUAUUAUGAUCCAAUGGGAUCCUUAGCUUAA